AUGAUUCUGGUACGACUGAAUUGCACGUGCCUCCUUAUUCCCGAUACCAUAUAUACCUCCGCUAUAACGCUGCCGUCGUCUUCGACCGCCAUGAGCGGUGUCCAUCAGGUCUAUCAAAGCACUCCACUCCCUUAUGCGGAUGCCUGGUCUGUGACCGUCAUGCACAUGAACCUCGUCAGUCUCCACCGUCCUGACUAG